ACGAAGGUGGGAUGAUGUGAAAAUUGAACGGUAGGAAAAGCUCCCGGGUCUCCACCCACUGCAUUUCGUAUUCGUUGAGACUUUUCGAUAAUCCACGACUGUCCAACACCGCUGGGGUGUUCUGACAGUACUUUAAUGAAUGUUGUGGUGCAGAACUUGAGUGGAACAACAGCGGAAUGGAGAUGAUAAGCGAUGAAAGAGAUUUUUGGGAUCAGCCUUACUACUGGUUGACAAAAACAGUACUUCGUGCUACUGGCUAUUGGCCCUAUCAGUCCCCAAGGGAACGCAUCGUAUGUCGUACUAUACUGUACUUCCUCUACUGGAUUCAAGUGAUACCUGAGAUUGUUGUUGUUGUACGACACGCUGGCGAUGCUGAUCUCGUGAUGGAAACGCUGAGUUCAUUCUUGAUAGCUAUCGGGGCCAUAGCCAAUAUGUGUACCUUCGUUUUCUACGCUGAUAAGAGUUUUCAGAUUCGUGAUCUCUUGGAACAGAUCAAGGAGAAUUGGAAAAUAUUUCCGAAGAACAAUGGAUUACCGCUGCUUCAUCAAUAUUCUCAAUCAGGAAGGAUCAGAUCGAUAGUAUAUGCAGCCUAUCUAUGGGCUGCCUGUUUGGUAUUUGUCAGUGAGCCAAUACAUUUCAGACUGAUCCGGCUCUUCAUUCCAUCAAACAAAACAAUACCAAUGGGAUUUGCUAUACCUGUAGAUUAUGGACCACUCAACACCGAGAAACAUUAUUACACUAUAUUAGUUGUGGAUUCUAUUUCGAUAUUUGCUAUUGUCACACUGAUUAUCGCUGCUGAUGUGUUACUAUUUGUAUAUUCACAUCAUGCGUGUGGACUACUCACAGCACUGGGAAGAUUUGCCAUCGAAAAUUUACCGGUUGAUGGCGCUCCCUCGAGACAUACGAAAGAUGAUGAAUACCAGUAUAUGAAGAAUUGUGUCAUACUGCAUAGCCGAUUCAUUCAAUUUUCAGACACCAUUGAAGAGAUAUUCUGCUGGAAUUUCUUCAUGACCAUUGGACUUAAUAUGAUCGUCAUCAGUAUGACUGCAUUUCAGGUGGUGACCAAUUUGAAUACCUUAUCUAGACUUUUCAAGACUUUAGUUUUCGCAGUGGCUUCAGUGAUGCAUCUGUUCAUUCAGUGUUACAUGUCCCAACAGAUUAUAGACCAUAGUCUUGACAUUGAGCAAAGCUUGAUGAAUGCACCAUGGUAUCACGCUAAAAGCCGAACCAAACAGUUGAUGCAAUUUAUGAUGAUGAGGAGUCAGGUCCCCUGUCAGCUGACUGCGGGCAGAAUGAUGCUGAUGUCGUUGGAUACCUUCAGUUCGGUCAUUAGAACUUCUGUGAGCUACUUUAUGGUGUUUAUGGAUAUGCAAUGAAUCGUCAAGAAUUCCAGGGAAAUUCUGAUUAAAAACAAUUCAUCGGAGGGAAACGAUGGGGACUUAAUUGAUUUGAGAAUAUCCUCUUGGGGUUGAUAAUAGCACAGGAGUAAUUUUGAAAACUUUGACCGAGAAUUAUUAUUAUUACCGAUGGUCGUUGUAUGAGAAUUACAGUGACCAUUGUCCACAUGUUGAUGAGUUUUAAAAUAAAUCUACAAUUCAUUAGAUGAAUAUCAACAAAUCACGUCAAUUGACAGAGCUCUCCCCUUCGGC